CUAGGCCGCCAUGGCGCCGCCGCCGCGCUGACCGCGCUGCGCCGCCAUGGCCGGGGCUAUCGCGUCCCGCAUGAGCUUCAGCUCCCUCAAGCGCAAGCAGCCCAAGACCUUCACCGUGCGCAUCGCCACCAUGGACGCCGAGAUGGAGUUCAGCUGCGAGGUGAAGUGGAAAGGGAAGGACCUGUUUGAUCUGGUGUGCAGGACACUGGGACUGCGGGAAACCUGGUUCUUUGGGCUGCAGUACACGAUCAAGGACACGGUGGCUUGGCUCAAAAUGGACAAGAAGGUCCUGGAUCAUGAUGUUCCCACAGAGGAGCCCAAAACUUUUCACUUCCUGGCCAAAUUUUACCCUGAGAAUGCAGAGGAGGAAUUGGUCCAGGAAAUCACCCAGCACCUGUUCUUCCUGCAGGUGAAGAAGCAGAUUUUGGAUGAGAAGAUCUUCUGUCCUCCGGAAGCCUCUGUCCUGCUGGCCUCUUACGCUGUCCAAGCCAAGUACGGCGACUACGAUCCCAACGUCCACAAGAGAGGCUUCCUGGCACAAGAGGAAUUGCUUCCCAAGAGGGUAAUAAACCUGUACCAGAUGACUCCAGAGAUGUGGGAGGAAAGGAUAACAGCCUGGUAUGCAGAGCACCGGGGCAGAGCGAGAGAUGAAGCUGAAAUGGAGUAUUUGAAGAUAGCCCAGGACCUGGAAAUGUACGGCGUAAACUACUUCGCCAUCAGGAAUAAAAAGGGCACAGAGCUGCUCCUUGGAGUUGAUGCCUUGGGUCUUCACAUUUAUGACCCAGACAACAGGUUGACCCCCAAAAUCUCCUUCCCAUGGAAUGAGAUCCGGAAUAUCUCCUACAGUGAUAAAGAGUUUACGAUUAAGCCAUUGGACAAAAAGAUUGAUGUUUUUAAAUUCAAUUCAUCAAAGCUGCGUGUGAAUAAGCUGAUUCUUCAGCUGUGCAUUGGGAACCACGACCUCUUCAUGAGGAGGAGGAAGGCAGACUCGUUGGAGGUGCAGCAGAUGAAAGCACAGGCCAGGGAGGAGAAGGCCAGGAAGCAGAUGGAACGACAGUGCUUGGCACGAGAGAAGCAAAUGAGAGAAGAGGCUGAGAGGACCAGGGAUGAGCUGGAGAGGAGGCUGAUGCAGCUGAAGGAGGAGGCAACCAUGGCCAACGAGGCUCUGAUGAGGUCGGAGGAGACGGCGGAUCUGCUGGCGGAGAAGGCGCAGAUCACGGAGGAGGAGGCCAAGCUCCUGGCCCAGAAGGCGGCCGAGGCCGAGCAGGAGAUGCAGCGCAUCAAGGCCACGGCCAUCCGGACCGAGGAGGAGAAGAGGCUGAUGGAGCAGAAGGUGCUGGAGGCAGAGAUGUUGGCACUGAAAAUGGCCGAGGAGUCGGAGAGGAGGGCAAAGGAGGCUGAUCAGCUCAAGCAGGACCUGCAGGAGGCUCGCGAGUCGGAGCGCAGAGCGAAGCAGAAGCUCUUGGAGAUCACCAGCAAGUCUUCCUACACACAGUCCAUGAACUCGAGUACCACAGCACUGCCCACUGACCUGCCAAGCUACAACCUCAUCAGUGAGAGCCUCUCCUUCGACUUCAAGGAUACAGACAUGAAGAGGCUGUCCAUGGAAAUCGAGAAGGAGAAGGUGGAGUACAUGGAGAGGAGCAAGCACCUGCAGGAGCAGCUCAACGAGCUGAAGACAGAAAUCGAGGCACUGAAGCUCAAGGAGAGAGAGACAGCUCUGGAUAUUUUGCACAAUGAGAACUCCAGCCGGGGCAACAGCAAGCACAACACUAUUAAAAAGCCUCAAGCCCAGGGCAGAAGACCUAUCUGCAUUUGAGAAUUCCAAGUAGGUUAUUCCAAGCUCACCCUACAGAGCACCAAGUCCCGUGUGGCCUUCUUCGAGGAGCUCUAGGAAACAACUGCUCCGCACCGCCGCUGCUUCCCAGCGGCCCCGCCCGGCCGGAGCUGUCCCGGAGCCGGGGCUGCCGGAGGGAGCGCCCCGGACCCGCCGCUGCUCCAGCCUCUGCACACCCACGGACUCGGGGCCGGCUGCCCACGGACUGUGUGAUGUUCUCUAGCUUAGCAGCCGUUCAUCCUUCUCCUGACACUUUGUUUUCCUGCGUUUUCCAGCUUUUUUUUUUCCUUAUUUUUGUAGCAUUGCUUCCAGGCUCGGCCCUCCAGGCUUUUCCCUGGAGCCGGGGUCGGGGCUGUGGCCGUGCCUUCCCACCCUGGCAGCCAGCAGAGGAGUGUACCCGAGGGUCUCCCUGGGAGGGGUUGUCACCCCUCUGGGUUGCCUUCUCCUGGGCUCUGGAGCUUGGUGUGCCAGCCCGGAGCUCCUUUGCCGGUCUGGAAUUCCACGGGCCGGCCCUGGAGUCCCUGCUCGCUCCCGGAGCCCCGUGCUGUGCCGGGAGCUCCAUUAGGAUCCCGAGCAUGUUCCAGUGGAGUGCUGUAAAUCAGGAACGUCGCGCUGGCUCUCCCAGCGCCCGCUGGGGUGGGAGAGGAGCAGGGAGCGGGAGGACAGGGACCUGGGGCUGGGGGGAUGCUGGGCUGCUUCUCUGGGGAGAGGAGGUGGGAGGAAGGGCUCCUCCUCCUCCUCCCUGCUGGGAACAGGGAGCGGGAGAACAGCUAGUGCCAACCAAAUGAAACCUUACUGUUCCUGCAAACUGUGACAAACCCGAGCAGCUUCAGGCUGGAGGGAUCCGGGGGCUCCGGGCUGGGCUCUCCCUGGGUCCCGGGGCAUCCCAGCCCCUCGGAGGCUCCCGGGAAUGCCGCUGUCCCGGGCUGGGCCCGGGGCUGCCUGCUCCUGCCUGUCCCAUCGCGGGUGCCUUUGCUCUGACCCCCCGCGGGGGGAACAGGGAUGCCUUGACCUUCCCUUCCUGUCUCCGUCCUGUGCCCCUCCCGGGUGGAAUCCUCUUCCAGCUGCGUUUACCCCCAGCAGAGCCGGUGCUGCCCCGGGGAUCCCUCACAUCCCCUCAGGACCCCCAGUUCCUCCUUCCCACAGCCUCACCUGACCCACAGCCCCACCGGAGGCUCAGCCCGGGACUAAGCGUGGAGUAAAUCCCAUCCCAUCCCUGUUUAUUUAAACCCUGGGAUCGAUUCCCUGCACGUGGCUGCAGUUCGGAUGGCUGUGGCCUGGCACAGCCGCUUUCCCAUUCCCUGGACUGUUGUACUCCGAAGGAAUAACUGUUUUCUCCUGUUUUAAUAAAAAUUCACAGCACUAGGAGGGGAGCUGAGGCUUCUUUGCUUUUUUUUUUUUCUUUGGGAAAAGCUGCUGGGAGCCCGGCUGCCGCAGUUAGCGGUGCCGGGAUUAAUGGGAGGCGCAGCUGCAGUGCUGGGAUCCCUCCGGGGCUCCCGCGGCACCGGGAGAGCUCCAGGGUCCCGCUGCCCCCGCUCCCUCGGGGCUCUCUUCAUCCCUCCUUGAGGGAGAGGGGUUUGGGGUGCCCAGAGGGGCUGAGCCCGGUGUUUGCCAUUC